UACACACACAUAUAAACACACAUCCUUUCUUUUUAUUUUCUCUUGAGAACAAAGUAGUGCAAAUAAAAUACAUUAAAAGCAGAUAAAAGAUGUUAUGUGAGUAAAAAUAAAAACAAGGAUAAUAUCACAGUUUUUCACUGGAAAAAUGCAAGUAAAAGACAUUUGAGCAGCAUCUUUAAAGUACUGUACUGAAAGGGAAAAAAAUGUCAACCAAUAUCCAGCAAAAGUAUCUUUUAAAAAGAAUGUAAAAAUACUUUUUCAGAUAUACAAAAUCUGCAGGAAUUUACUGUUAGCAGAUAAGCAUUGUAAGAAAUGUUAAAAGAAGUUUUUGAGGCAGAAAAACAAAAAGAUAUCAGAUGGAAAUAUGGAUCUAUAUAAAAGAAUAAAGAGUGCCAGAAAUGCAAAGUAUAUCGGUAAUUAUAUAAGAUUUACCUCUUUAUUUAAAUAUCUUUAAGAGGUAACUCUUUAAGCAACAAUAAUAACCACAUGUUAUGGGGUUAAUAACAUAUGUAAAAGUAAAAUGCAUGAGAACAAUAGCAUAAAGGUCGUGGGGAAAAGAGAAGUACACUAUUGGAAGAUUCUUGUGCUCUAUGCAAAGACGUAUAACAACGCUUGAAGGUAGUUUGAUUAAAGAUGUACUGUAAACCCUAAAGUAACCACUAAAAUAGCAAAACAAAGAAUGAGAGCCAAUAAGGCAACAAAUGAGAUAAAAUAGAAUUAUCAAAGAUAAUAAAAACGCAGAAAAAGAAGAAAAGGUGAACAAGAAUAGAUGAAACAAAUAGGAAACAAGUAGAAAGUUCAUACAGUCAAACCUAAAAAUCAAUAAUAAAUGAUCUAGACUCCGUAAUUAAGAGAAACGUUGCUAGAAUGGAUUUUCUUAAAAAGCAAGACCCAACCAAAUACUGACUUUAAGAAUCAAACUUUAAGUAUAAAGAUACAAAUAGGUUAAAUAUGAAAGGGUGGAAAAAGAUAUAUCACGUUAACACUAGUCAAAAGAAAGUUGGAGUAGCUAUGCUAAUAUUAGACAAUGUAGAUUUCAAAGCAAUGAAUAAGGCUGGGGAUAAAGAAGUUAAUAAUGAUGAAGGGAUCAUUUAAUCAAGAGGCUGUAAUAGUAUUAAACAUUUAUGUACCUAACAGAGCUUCAGAAUAUGUGAAACAAAAAAUGACGGAACUGCAAAGAGAAAUGGACAAACCCACAAUUAUAAUCAGAGACUUCAAUUUCUCUCAAUAAUUUAUAGAUUACGUAGGAAGAAAAUCAACCAAUACGUAGUAGACUUCAACAACACUAACAGCUAAGUUGACCUGAUUAACAUUUUUAAAAAACUUCAUCCAACAACAGAAGACAUUCUUUUUAGGUACACAUGGAAUAUUUGCCAAAUUAGGCCAUAAUCUGGUUUUUGAAAACAAGUCUAAAUAAGUUUAAGUGGCUUCAAGUUAUAUCCAAUAUGUUCCCAGACCACAAUAGAAUUGCAUUAGAAAUCAAUAACAAGAAGAUCUCUGGAAAAAUUCUCCAGUAUUUGGAAACUCAGUUACUUCUAAAUAACCCAUGGAUCAAAGUAGGAAUCAAGAGAGAAAUUAUAAAAGAUUUUGCACUGAAUGGCAAUGCUACAUAUUAGACUGUGGUACCUAUAAAAUAGGACUUUGGGGAAAAUUUAUAACACUAAAUGUCUGUUUAGAAAAGAAGGGCCUUAAAUCAAUGAUCUCAGCUUCCACCUUAGGGAACUAAAAGAAAAAUGGAUUAAGCUCCAAUAAGCAGAAGAAAAUAAAGAUCAAAGUGGAAGUCAAUGAAAUAGAAGACCCAUAAAGAAAAUUAGUAAAACCAAAAGCUGGUUCUUUGAGAAGGUCAGUAAAACUGAUAAAACUCUAGCCAAACUGAUCAGAAAAAAUCAAAGAAGACACAAAUAAGCAAUAUCAGUAAUAAAAAAGGUGACAUCAAUACAGAUUUCAUAAAUAGUAAGAGGUUAAUAAUAAGGGAAUAUCAUGAGCAACUUUAUGCCAAUAAAUAUGACAGCUUAGAGAAAAUGAACAAUUUCCUUGAAAGACAAACCAUCAAAUUUCAUUCAAGAAGAAAUAGAGAACCCUGUUAGACCUAUAUCUAAUUAAGAAAUUGAUACCUUUUCUUUCUUUUUUAAAGUCUAGUUGGUUUCACUAGUAAAUCCUACCAAACAUCUUAAGGAAAAAAUACUUCCAAUUCUGUACAAUCUCUUCCAGAAAACUGAAGAGGAGGGAAAAUGUCCCAACUUCUAAGACCAGCAUGAAGCCGAUACCAAAACCAUGCAAAAACAUUACAAGAAAAGAAAACUGCAUACCAAUAGCUCUCAUGAACACAGAUACAAAAAUUAUAAGUGAAAAUCUAGCAAAUCAAAUUCAACAAUAAUAUUUUAAUAGGAUAAUAUAUCAUGAUCAUGUGACAUUUAUUCUGGGAAUGCAGAGUUGGUUGCACAUUCAAAAAUCAAUCAGUUUAGGGGAACCACGGCUUAGGUGCAGACAUGGCCAAGUCCAAGAACCACACAACACACAACCAGUCCUGAAAAUGGCACAGAAAUGGUAUCAAGAAACCCCGAUCACAAAGAUAUGAAUCUCUUAAGGGGGUGGACCCCAAGUUCCUGAGGAACAUGCGCUUUGCCAAGAAGCACAACAAGAAGGGCCUAAAGAAGAUGCAGGCCAACAAUACCAAGGCCAUGAGUUCACGUGCCAAGGCCAUCAAGGCUCUCGUAAAGCCCAAGGAGGUUAAGCCCAAGAUCCCAAAGCGGGGUGUCAGCUGCAAGCUCGAUGGACUUGCCUACAUUGCCCACCCCAAGCUUGGGAAGCGUGCUCGUGCAUGCAUUGCCAAGGGGCUCAGGCUCUGCCGGCCAAAAGUCAAGGCCAAGUCCAAGGAUCAAAACGAGGCCGAGGCUGCAGCUCCAGCUUCAGUUCUAGCUCAGGCUCCCAAAGGUGUCCAGGCCCCUACAAAGGCUUCAGAGUAGAUAUCUCUGUCUGUCAACGUGAGGACAGAAGGAUGGGUGCGACCCCCUCGGGGCUGCCAUCUGCAUGGGGCUGGGGUCCUCCUGUGCUAUUUGUACAAAUAAACAUGAGGGAGGAUUAAAAAAAAAA